GAGGUCCGAAAAUAUUACCUAGGAGGGAAACCAUAGAGACAACAAAGAGGCAGGAUGAACUUGUUCGACAGGACCGCCAACGGUUAGACCACCCCUCUCCACCAACGCAACUGACUUCCUCCCUCCAACAAGCUGAUCGGGGCUUCAGAGUCACCUGUACUUCAGCAGCCGAGAGUCCUAAUUUGAGUGCUUUUAUUCGAGCGAGUAGAGUGAAUUUGUCUUGAGUGGUAUUUUUUUGGUUUUCACUCGGAAGAGCCAGCACAUCGAUAAAAGAUGGCGUUGCCAAUGCGUGUCCUGGUGACAGGUGGAUCCGGGUUGGUGGGAAAAGCCAUUGAGCAUGUGGUGCAGCAGGAAGGUGGGAAACUGGAGGGAGAAGAAUGGAUCUUCCUCUCUUCCAAGCAAGCAGAUCUCGUAGAUGUUGAGCAGACCAGGGCUGUGUUUGAGAAGUAUCGCCCCACUCAUGUCAUCCAUCUUGCCGCAAAAGUCGGAGGACUCUAUCUACACAUGAGGGAGAACCUGCAAUUUUUGAGGGACAACAUCAAAAUCAAUGACAACGUUCUACAAACCGCACAUGAGUCUGGUGUGACCAAGGUCGUGUCCUGCUUGUCCAGUUGUAUCUUCCCUGACAAAACCACGUACCCCAUCGAUGAGACCAUGAUACACAACGGGUCUCCUCACGACUCCAACUUUGGAUACUCGCACGCCAAGAGAAUGAUUGAUGUUCAGAACCGGGCGUACUUUCAGCAGUAUGGACGUUGCUACACGGCCGUCAUCCCAACCAAUGUUUUUGGUCCACAUGACAACUUCAACAUAGAAAAUGGUCAUGUGCUGUCGGCACUCAUCAACAAGACGUACAAGGCCAAAAAGGAAGGAACUCCAGUGACGGUCUGUGGCUCUGGAGCUCCUAGAAGGCAGUUCAUCUACUCUCUGGAUUUGGCUCGUCUAAUCAUUUGGGCCCUGAGAAGAUAUGAGGAAGUUGCACCCAUCAUCCUCUCUGUGGGUGAGAAGGAUGAAAUCUCGAUCAAAGAAGCUGUGGACAUGAUCGCAAAGGCUUUGGACUUCAAAGGCGAAAUACACUUUGACACCACCAUGUCUGACGGCCAGAUGAAGAAGACAGCCAGCAACGGCAAGCUGAGGCGCCUCCUGCCCGACUUCUCCUUCACACCCCUCAACGAAGCUAUAAAGAUGACAUGCGACUGGUUCGAGAACAACUACAACAUCGCCCGGACAUGAAGUGACUGACCAUCGGCAGCAUUCUUUGGUUCUGGUGUGAUGCAAGUUGUUAUGACUGUCGAAUAUCGGUACAUUCAGUGCCACAUUAAACAUACAUUGAACAUA